AUGCCAUCUUCGAAGAAUUUCCCUUACCUACGCCAUGCUAAUGGUGCCCAGCACAAGCUUCUGGAGCUGCCUAGAAGCGGAGCUGAUAGCUUGGCACUGGAAGGCCUCGUGGCAGCCUGUUCCCCUGCAACAUUUGGCAAGGCCUACCAGAACAAUCCCACAGAAGGGGCAGAUGUCCUGGAUCCCAGCUACAGGAAGGCACUCAAUGUGGAUGCAGCCAAAUUUGGUGUGACCAUCAAUCUGGCAGAACUGGGAAUCUUGGCCGAAGUCAAGACUCUGAUGGCCCCUGAUUCUGCGGACAUCAGAGCAGAGCUCUACAAGCUCAACAUCCACCAGGCCGGGGACUUCUUCAAGGCGCAUGUGGACACACCACGCAGCAGCAACAUGCUGGGCUCGUUGGUCAUUGCUCUGCCGAGUGUGCAUGAGGGUGGGCAGUUGACUGUGGAGCACGCAGGCCAGCAGCAGACCUUUGACUGGUCUUUGACAGAGCUCCCAAAUGCGCCGUUGCUGCAGUGGGGAGCCUUCUACUCAGACUGCAAACAUGAAGUUCACCCUGUGACCAGUGGCGCGCGCAUCACAGUCACCUACAAUCUCAUGGCCGUCAAGCCUACUCUGCCUGUCUUGAAGGGCGUCAGUCCAGCCAGCCUGGCUCUGCGUCAGGUCAUUGAGGAAGCCCUAGAGACCCCUGGAUUCCUGGAGCAAGGGGGCACGCUAGCGUUUGGCUGCCAGCACGCCUAUCCCCACAACAGCGAUGCCUUUCUGAAGACAGAUUUCAAACCCCAGCUGAAAGGCGCAGAUGCAUGCCUUUUCGCUUUUGCGGAAGACUUGGGGCUAUCCGUGGAUGUCAAGGCAAUCUACAAGGACUCUGAAGACAAUUACAGGAUUGCAGCCGACUACAUUGGCUCAAGUUUUGGGGUUGAGUAUGAAGGCAUGGUGGACAACGAGUAUGAGUAUGACUAUGAGGAGGAUGGCUGUUAUGGCGUCGUUCUUGACAAUGGCGCUCAGAAGCGGGAGGACCUGAUCUGGUGCCACGAGAUCGGGCACGGAGAAAUCAAGGAAGUGUAUCUGCACUAUGGCAAUGACUAUUCCAACAGCUGCAUGUACAGCUAUGCAGUAAUUCUGAUUGAGGUUCCCACAGCUGCCAUACUGCUGCAACGGUGA